AUUGUUAUAAUUGUUAUAUCCAUAAGUCGUUAUAUUAUAAAUUUUAUAUUUGUUCCAGAUGGGACGCUCGAGUAGCAUUGGAGCCGGUGAAUUGUGGAUGGAAACGGAAGACGCAAAUAUAGCCCAAAAUAUCCAUCAGACAGUUUACCACUCUAUGACUACCAGUAGCAACAGCAAGGAGGAACUUGGGCCUAAAAGCCGUAACAGGUCUAGUUCUGCCACAGAAUCGUCUAAAUCAAUAACUAGAAGGCAGACAACACCUGGAUCUAUAAAACACCAUAAUAUCCCCAGUUCUAAUGCUGGAGGAAUACGUGAACGUUGUGAUAGCAUGCCCUCUAGGCCUCGCACAUCAAGCGAAGGGAAUCAUCAAGUAUACCCUUGGCCUCAGCAGAGACCAUACCAUGGCCCUCAUCGUCCGCAAUCAUUCUAUGGUCGCGAUAUUUCGUACAGUCCACCGGCAGGAAGUCCUCUUAGUCCACCUUCUGGUGCAUGUUCCACUGAUUCGGCUGGUUCCUCGUUAAGUAUUGACGACACCGAACACUUUCCCGAAAUAGAUGGAAUUUGUAGCCGAUAUGGUCAUUCGGUUACUCCAGACGAAGCUAUUGCGGAAGAAGAUUGCGUCGAGUGUUCGUAUGGCAUGCAGAGGUCAAGUCCGAGCGGCUAUGUUCCCAUGGCUCCCAUAAGUUCCGACGAUGGAUACGUUGAUAUGAGUCCGAAGGGAAGAAAUAAUAGAACAUCCCCUUCAGAAAGCAUGAGCAGCAUAACUUCUGGAACUCCUUCAACAGACAUGAGGUUUAUCGAGUAUCCUCUCGAAAAAGUGAGCGCUUAUUUCACCCCAUCUGAAGAGGAGACUAGCUCAGUGGAUAGACCUAUGCGAACGUAUUCGGUUGGUUCGCGACUAGAAGUGAGGAAGAAGACUGCUGGAGAGAUUGGGAGCAUUCCCGACUCCCGUGUACGCGCAUUUAGCGUGGGAUCAAAAACCAAGAAGACUUACAACAGAGUACUUCCUCCUCAUGGACACCACAUUCACCCCAAACCAAAAUCUUCGAGUGCUCCGUUGUUAUCUAACUCGAGACUUCACAAUGGAGACGACCCAAUGGAUGAUCUGAUGGAAAUGGAUUUCUCUAAGCCGAGUAAGAAUGCUUACGUUGACAUGUCUGCCGGUAGUACAAAUAAGGCUACUCCAGAAGGUUAUGUCGAAAUGAAACCUGCCUUGCCGGAUGGUUUACGACUACAUGAAAACUUACGACCACCUGACGAGUCGCCUUAUGUCGAUAUGCAAACAGGUUCAUCUCCGCCUAGAUUGCUAUCAAACAACGAUUACACGCAUAUGUCUGCGUCAUCUACUAAUGCCAAAUCGGCGAAUGAAGAGUAUGUUGAUAUGGAUCCAAGGAAAAAUAAUAAGCAUGUCCUUGCGCAGACUGAUUUGCGACCGUCAUUUUCUUGGUCUCAGUCGGAUUAUAUGGAGAUGAAUUUCCAAAAUAAGCCAAGACCAUUCUUCAGUGGAUCACCGAAAAAUCUCAGUGGUUCUCCUUCGAGUUCUAGCGGUCUUUCGAUGGACAUGGGUUUCCAUAAUUGUCCUCAUACAAGAUCCGAAUCUAAACCAUCUCCAAUGAACACUGAUGGUUACGUUGAAAUGUCAAUCGGCAAACAAAACGCUCAUCAACGGCAAUCUAGUCUAGACAGUGCCAAAGUUACAUUAGACAAUGGAGAUUACAGUGACAUGUCUGGUUCGUCAAAAAGGAAAGAGAAAAGGGGCAGUAAAAAAGAGAGCAAAAAAUCGCAACCUAUCUCUAUUCAACCUUCAACUGCAUCGUCUCAGUAUCAGUAUCCUAAAAAUUCGAGUUCCAUCAGUCCGGUUUACUCUUCCCUUCAUAUCGGAAGGAAGCAUUCAACCGGCACUCCACCAAAAAUGCACCUUCCUUUGUUCAGUAGCAGCUCAGGGUCAUAUCCCAGUCUUCCAAGACAACGGGUAAAAAAGAAUAAUCAUAAGGACUCGAAAGAUAGUUCAAGUUCCAGUCUCACUACACCUUCAAGUUCCUCAACUAUAUUUCCCAUUAGCCUCAACAGUCCCAGCUCUCCCAUUAAACCAUACUCUUCAACAAGAACACCUGAAACUCAAGGAAUUAUCAAACUUCCAAGCGCUAUAAUAAAUAUCAAAUACAAUCCCGUCUCUAAAGGAGCAUUUUGUUCCAAAGAUGACUACACUAUUAUGGACUUUGAAAAAUGUCGAACGAAUAACUCUAAUUCUAAGGAGUCGGAUUAUGUAAACUAUAAUCCAGCUCAAAAUUCCAAAGAAAAGGAACGACCAAUGAGUGAUAACGUAUCAAAUUACGCUGUUAUGAAGCCGGGGGCAUCUGAAAUCUCACAGCAAAACGACAGGAAGGUCGUUACCAAAUUAUCUAGUCCUUCUUCCUUAACCCCUCAAAUAUCUUCAUUAGACUUGAGCAUGACGGGAAAUCGAUGUUUUCGCCCAAUAACAGAGCCCAGGGAUGAAAGCAAUGUGGAGUCCGUUUCUCCUAAGCCUGGAGACGUAGCUCCACUAAAACCCCCAGAAAAUAUGGGAAUCUCAAGUUCGACAACCCCCAGAAAUUCCCGACCCAACUCUGUUAUAGAAAAUGAUCGAGCAUUUUCUGUAAUCGAUGACAAGUCCAGACCGAAUUCAAGACCCAGUUCAACGUCGAGUGAAACCGGAUCUACAACCUCGACUCUUGUUGGUUCUAGGCCGCCGUCAGUUAGCAGUUCUGAUCAAAUUCGGACAUCACUUGAUGGCCAGUUACAUUAUGCCACUCUGGACUUGGUUACCGCCCCCGAUGACGAAAGUGGGUGUUCUAGUCCGCGAUUUCUCAAAAAUCAUGCCUUCAGUGAAACAAGUUGCGGCAAUGUUGUCGCAGAUGGAAGCGGUUUCUUGUAUGCAGAGAUCGACUUUGUCAAGAGUGAGGGACUGAAACAGAACAACCUGCCUACGAAUGCAAAAGUGAAACAUUGACUGACACCCCACCUCGGUUAUAGGUAAUGAUGUAGCGUUAGGUAAUAUUCUGUAUCCGGACUACCCAUUACAUGUACCACGUUUACGCGAUAUAAAACGCAAGAGCGCAUAUCUUCUAGAAUGGAUUUACUCAAGAUUUAAUAUUAUGUUGUUAACUAUAUAAUAGUCGAGCUAGUAAAAUUUCUGUUGUUGCGCAGAUGUAGUCCGUUUUGUUAGGUAAAAGUAUAUAAUGUUAAUAUAAUAAUCAGUUAGGAUGAUCGAUUGUCGGAUCGAUACUUCCCCUGCAAACGUUACAUAUCACUCAUCUUUUAAGUUCGUAGUACUUUUGUAUAACAGAUGGCGUAACGCAAAAGCUUCUUAGACGCAGGGGAAUUUGUCGCGUCACGUCGAAUAAAGUGGACGUUAUUUUGUGCGAGGUGGUGUAAUCUUUUCGAUUUCGUAAUUUUUUGUAAUUUGUUAUUAACAAUAUUGCUACAAAUGUGUAUCUUACUGUUAAAAAAAAACGAAAGCCACCUCGAUUACUUUUAGUAAAUUCUACUAUUAGUUAAUUUAAAAGGGACAAAAUUUUGCUUACGUUAUAAAGUAAAGGAAAUUAUGUAACCCCAGUAGGCUUGAAAGAAACAAAGCACUCUUCUAUUUCAUUCGAAGAAUCCUAAACGUAGAGAAAUAGAAGGGCCCUAGAUAAUUAAGUCGUAUGAAUGUAUAACGAACAUUGUAAAACAUAGUUGUCGUGACUUUAUUGUUUAUUUUUAUCGUUGACUUGAUUCAGACUGAAUGCAUGUGGUUUUUUAUCGUAGCAUAUAUCCAUAGGAUUUUACAUCACUACUUACUAUAAAAUUUAUUACUACGAUUAAAAUUACUACCUUAAUCUUCUUAUAAGUGUUACUGCUACUACUACUACUACUACUACUAUUACUACAAUUACAGUGUAUUUAUCUGCCUUGCAUACUAUUAUUUAUUUUAAUAUAGUGCGUAGGAUUCGUGAAAACUUUAAGACGGAAGUAUUGUAACAGAAAUACUUUGUAAACUCACCGUUUCCUCGACAGAAAGGGGACAUAAUAUAUUAGCGAUCAUUUUCCUAUUUAUUUUAGUCUUAGGUGCCUGAAUGAUAAGUACUUAAACAAUUUCGUUGCAGUUGCGUUGCAACAAUAACAUAUUUUGAGAUGUGAAUGAGUUUAUAAAGUAUUUUAUUUUUCCUAACAUUGCGAUACAGGUGUACCUUAUAUCAAAUGAAAAUCAUAUUACAUUAACAGCCAAGACAUAAUUCUUUUAUGUAGUAAGUCAGUUUAUAUGCAAAAAAAAACACCAACUACUUACUACUAAUCGAUCAUCCCUUUCACUCCUUUGAGUAGCGCUCUACCUAAACGUAACGUUCAACCCUUAAAUAUACAGUAACAUUUUUCUAAUACAGAUGGCGCCAAAAUAAACUACGAACAAGUAUUUCCUUUUUUUUUGCAUUUUAUUAAUUUCAUUCAUUUAUUGAUUGCUAAAUUUGUUCGGCUUUCUUCAAAAAUUAAUUUCUUUUAAAAAAAUUGUCUUUUCGUCUCCUAUAAUAAUUAAAUUUAAUAUGUUAUAAUAAUAUAUUCUGAUGGACAGAAUUGACUAAAUAUGUCUUGAUUGUUUUAAGUCCUUAGAUAUGUAGGAAUUACAAUCUAUAUCAGGGUGUUUAAAAUACAAGUUCCUAUAAUUUUUAGACAGAGUUGUAAAAGUAUCUAUGAAUGUAUUUUUAAAGUAUUUAUCACUACUAUUUUUUUCUAACAGUUCUAAGGUGUCACCUGUAUCAUUGUGGUCAUUUUGUUAUUUUAAAUUUCCAAAUGGUUUUCUAUAAUUGUAAUGUCUCGGAUUAUUUUGAAACAACUGAAAUAUGAUAUCUACAAAUGCAACACUUGGCAUUUUUGAGACAAGUCGAAAUCACAUAGGUUGAAUUUAUUUGCAUUUGCUACUAAAUACAAAGGUCUGGCAAUUUGAUUUUUAUACAAGUAAAAUAUUAAUAUGUAUUUACAUUCCAUGUUCCAAUUUAUUUCUUAUUUUUUCCCUUUUAAUUGCAUAUUUCAACCUGUUUGUGAUUCGCUUGUAUCAGGAAUAUCGAUAAGUAGUUCGAUAAGAAAAACAAUAUUUUGGAUCCCUUGUACUGAGAAAAAAAAAACGUUAUAUUUUUGGUAGAGAAUCAGAUUAUAAAAGUAUUUUCACAUUAGGCAGAUUUCAGAUAUGUGCCUAGUCAGUCAGUCUCAAUAGUUUCUGUUUUACAUUGUGCCUUUUUUAUAAAGUAAAAAUAUACGAAACGAGAAUGUUUGAAAAAAUUUUCCGGCCUAAAAAACGUUUCAAAUGCAUUUCGAUAUCUACUACAUACUUAUAUGUGAAAACCUCAUUGUAAAAGAGGAACGUUGUUUUUGUGUCUCAAAAUUAGCAAAGCUUUCAACAAUUGUAGUCGAUAUAUUGAUGAUUACUCAUUGUGAAACGCAAGUUCAUUAGUUUAAAUGAUGCAGUUUCAUCAUAGUUAAUUCCCAUGCAUGCGUCAUAGGAAAUAUUUAGAUCAUUUUUCUGUAAAGUUUCUAUUUAUGCAGUUUGUGCUUUAAGUAAAUGUAUAUAAUUGUACUAGUUUCCAUUAAUAUCUAAACUGCCAUUAAAGUUGUGAGAAAUACAUGUA